GUUCCAAGAGCCCUUGGGAGCGGAUUUCAGACCACAGCAAGGCAAGGCAGUGCCUGUCCUCGGCUUCAGAGGCUCCGCUUUUGCAGUUCUCCAUGCAGACGGGGAUGCUAAGGCGAUAAGCUGCACCUUGCAGAGGCUCUGGGAUUCAGAACCGGCUGAGCGCCUGGCCAGCUCUCUCCUCCGUGGCGGCCCCGUUAUGGACGCGUGUCUGCACCCCGGGCAGCAGCCCCAGCACCUGGAGGAGGGACCGAGCUUCCGGGACAGCAGGGCAGAGGGGGACAAGGAGGCUCUGCGCACAGACAGACCCCUGGAAGAUUCUCACGAGAUACGGCAAGCACUUCAGAGCCUCCAGAAAUUUGUUCCGGCGAAUUACGCCAGCUACACCCAGGAGUACUAUCGGUUCGCAGGCAAGAAGAUUGUCAUUCGAGAAUCCAUAGAGAGUUAUGGAGCGGUGGUGUGGCCAGCGGCUAUGGCUUUGUGCCAGUAUUUGGAGGAACAUGCCGAGGAACUGAAUUUCCAAGAUGCCAAGAUACUUGAAAUUGGUGCGGGACCAGGCCUGGUUUCCAUCGUGGCCAGUAUUCUAGGAGCUCAAGUCACAGCAACAGACUUGCCCGACGUCCUAGGGAACCUUCAAUUCAAUCUUUUAAAGAACACACUACACCGUGCAGCCCAUCUGCCUGAGGUCAAAGAGCUGGUGUGGGGAGAGGGCCUGGAAGACAACUUCCCCAAGGCCUCGCUUUCUUACGACUACGUGCUGGCUUCCGACGUGGUCUACCACCACUACUUCCUGGACAAGCUGCUCACCACCAUGGCCUACCUCUGUCAGCCGGGCACCGUGCUGCUCUGGGCAAACAAGUUCAGAUUCAGCACCGAUUAUGAAUUUUUGGAAAAAUUCAAGGAAGUUUUUGAUACAACGCUCUUGGCGGAAUUUCCAGAGUCAUCUGUCAAGGUUUUCAAAGGAGUGCUGAAAUGGGGCUAAGUUAAACCAAAUGCCUUUCAGAACAGGAGUGUGUCUUUUGAGCAGCGUUAGAAAUGGCAGUUCAAAGACUUCUAAUACAAGACUGCAAAGGUAGGGCAUAAAAACAACAUGUAUACCUAACAGACAUGCUAUUACAGCAAAUCUCUAACCUGCUUAGGAUUACCUGCUUAAUCGAAACACACACAAAAGAAAAAUAUGAAAACAUAGAAGUAGCUUUGUUGGCUUCCCAGAGUCUCAAUGAAGUGCUUGACAAAUUUUACAAGACUAAAGUAACCAACAAGUGGAUUCCCCCUUGUUAUUCCCGCUGGAGAGCAUGGUUUUAAACUUGUCAAUAUACUUUUUGUCUCAUGCAUUUUGAAACUGAGCUCAACAGGGUCUGUGGAUCUUAACUGGAAGAAUCUACUUAGGAUAGGUUUUAUUUGCAGCAAAGGGAGAGGGUAGUGAAUAAUAGGGCACGGUGACAGGUUUAAUAGUGAUUAAAACGGAAAAAUACGGCAACAGUGCUGGAAUGAGAAAACGGACGAUGCCUUGGGGGCCUGGAACCAGUGCUGAGUGCACACUCCGCACCAUUGCCAACGCUUCUUUCAGAUGCUCUUUGUUUCUACUUGGUUCUUCUAGUCAUUUUCAGUGGCUGGUGCAGCCAUGGGCCACCAUAUCCAGAAAGAGGAUAUGUCCCCGCUUUUAAAAGUUCCAUUUUAAUCACACAGAAAUAUAAGUUUUGCUGAGAA